AAACGCACAUACCUCUCCCUCGACAAGACCUUUUCCUUGCGUGAAAACCUCAAAGAAGAUCGGUUCCAAGUUUGGGAAAAAUUGUAUCCAAUCUCCUACUAAUAUUAGUAAGCAGGACAUAAAACGUACGUGUCCGAGCAUCUCCCAGUCAGUUCACAAUGCGAGCUCUAGCGGUAUUGUGUGUCGCUCUCGCGGUGAGCGCCGCGAAAAGCCUUGAACAUAACUGGCUCUCAGGCCAAGACGUCGAUCAACCUACCACCGUAACACCGUCCGGAGAGGUCCGCGGCUCGUACGAUUUAACACGGAGAGGGCGCAGGUUCGAGUCCUACCGAGGCAUUCGGUAUGCGGAACCACCUGUUGGGGAACUUCGCUUUCAGCCUCCCAAGAUGAUACAUCAAUACACCAAGCCCGUGGAUGCCAGUAAGGAGGGUCCGGCGUGUCCCAUGCCCGCGUCCGCUCGGUUCUUCCCCAAUCUCGACGAAGACUGUCUCACCAUCAAUGUUUUCACCCCUCUGAAGCAAGAAAGGAGUAAACUUCUUCCAGUGAUACUGUUUAUGCACCCGGGCGGGUUCUACGCGUUCUCCGGCCGCAGCGAGUUCGCCGGCCCGCACUACCUGCUCGACAGAGACCUCGUCUUCGUGACCAUCAACUACAGGCUUGGCUCUUUAGGUUUCUUGAGUACCGCAGACGAGCUCGCUCCCGGCAAUAACGGGUUCAAGGACCAGGUGGCGGCGUUGCGGUGGGUUCAGAGGAACAUCGCCGCCUUCGGGGGAGACCCCCACAGUGUCACCAUAGCUGGCUGCAGCGCCGGUUCCGCCAGUGUCAUGCUGCACAUGAUCUCACCCAUGUCAAAAGGUCUAUUUCAUCGAGCCAUAUCCAUGAGUGGGUCCCCAGUUCGGAAAGUCCCAACGCCGAAUAAUCUCCAUGGGAUCGCAGUGAAGCAGGCAGAACUGCUCAACUGCUCCACGACUAGUUCCAGGGAGAUCAUUGAUUGUUUGAAAACGAAGCCUUGGCGAGAUAUCGCUUACUCUGUAAAUGGUUUUGCUGAAAUUGGAAGCGACCCUAUAACAAUAUGGCAACACGUUGUAGAAAAUGACUUCGGACAAGAGCGGUUUUUGCCAAUAGAGCCAAUGGACGCUAUCAGAGAAGGCAAAAUGCACGCAGUUCCUCAUCUUAUUAGUCAGACACAAGACGAAUUCUUCUGGUUUGCUUACAAUCCUCUGAGAAACGAAAGCCUACGCAAGCAAAUGAAUGAAGAAUGGGAGCGAGUGGCGCCUAUAUCAUUCGUUUUGCCUCGAAACAACGCCUCCGAAGCCACGAGAGUGCUUCGCCGGGAAUAUUUACAAGACAAGCCUCUAGUAAACGAUGCAGACACUGCCAGGAGGCUGGGCCAGCUGUACGCCGACGCUAUUACUGGCUUCCCAGUUCACAGGAUGGCCAACCUCAUGUGUCGGCAUUCUCCGCACCCCGUGUGGUACUACGAGUUUAGUUACAUCGGCAACCACAGCCACUACGAAGAUCCAGACACCAAGAAACCUGUUGUGUCCGGUGAGCGAGAUGGGUGCGCGGCGUCUCGAAUGUGGCGGAGCGCCUGCAGUUCACUGGCAGCUCCCAACUCUGAGGAAGCCUGGCAGCAGGUUGUGGGAGCUUCACCUGCUGACUCACUGUGGCACUCAUUGAGGAAUUGUGUUUCUUAUCAGGCUGGCAUAUGGCAGAAUCUUUUAACAAAAGGAAUAACAGAUGUUGAACACCCGGCAGCCUUUAAGCUGGCCAUAGUGCUACGCCACACACCCUCUGAGCUUACCAUUAGGCUCCUCACUGACUUACUACAUGUUCACCCACAGUCGCAAGAGCUGAUAUCGUACAUCCUGUCUCUCCUGACGGACGACGAGGCGUGGUGUGGCGGGUGCGGGUCCCGGGGCGGCGGCGCGGGGCUGCGCGACCUGCAGCUGUUCGGGGACUGCGAGCUGGCCGUGCUCGCCGCCAGCCGGGAGGAGUACGACGCGCACGCUAAGCUUGUGCGUGCAGAGUACACGGGCAUGGCGAGACAGCAUUACGUUGAGCUGCGGGUCAAGGUGCUGAACCAGUUCUCGCAGAUCCCGAAGAUCUACCACACGCCGGAGUUCGAGUGCUUCGAGUCGGCCGCGCGCGAGAACAUCGAGCGUGAGAUCGCCACAUUGAGGGAGCACCUGCUUAUGGUUCCAUAGUGGGGCGCCGGCGGCGCGGGCUACUCUAGCGACACGAGCUCCGACGCCGCCUCCUCCGCCGCCUCCUCCGCCGCCUCCUCCGCCGACUCCUCCGCCGACUCCGCCGCCUCCUCCGCCACCCCCGCCCCGCCCUCUCCGCCCACUCCGCCCGCACAGUAGGCGGGACCAGAACAUCGGGACUGUGGACGUAUCCUGUGUAGUGUUAUGUAUAGUGAAUCCUUAGCAUUACAAAAUAUAUAGACAUUAACACGGUGUACUUUAAAGGUUUGCUGUUUUGUUUGUCAUGCAGACCUUGCUAUUUUUGCUGUUUUUUUAUUGGUAAGGUGGAUAAUGUUUUACGCGUCUUUUGCCGAGUUGAAAAAAAUUUCAUCAACACCAGCUGAAAGGCUACAUGAAUUGUUAGUGUCAUGCAUGUUAUGUUAGUAAUAACUCUUAACUAACUUCAGAAUAGUGUAAUAAUUACAUUCGUAGAAAUACGUUUUUAUUAGGCAACAUUGUAGAGCCUGCAUUACGGCGUCCGUGUCGAUGCGUCACUUUAGACGCAAUGUUGUGAAUGCACCAUUAAUAUUUGUAAUGCUCUUAUUACGUCGCUUUUUUGUGUAAUACUGUUCUGAAAUUUUAUAGAUGUGUAUUAAGUAGUACACUGUAUACGUUUUAUGCAUCGACGUAGCGUUGACACUUUUUAAAUAAUUUAUGAACAAUUUAUCGAAUAAAUAUUAUAUUAGAAAUUAGGUAAAGACAUGGACCAGCUCUCGGAAGCUGUAAAUUAUUUUAUGUACUACGUUUUUUUGUAGAUUUGGAAUCGGAUAGGCGUAAGCUAUAGAAAUAUUUGAAUAUUGUAUUAAAAAAUAAUUUUUGUAGAAACUGACGAAGAUCUACUUGUGGCAGUCUGUGUUAAAUUUAUAUGGGUUCAACAUUAUCAUGUUGUUUCACUCGUUCUUCAUGAAAAAGAAGAUAAUAUUUGGUAGUUUGUUAACCGAUUAGCUACUUAACACAAACUGACGCGAGUGGAGUUAAAAUAAGUAAAGCUUAGGGUUUUAACUUAAUUUAAUAUGUAAAUCUCAUGUCUUACAUAUUUUAUCUAUUUGUAGAAGCUUAAGGCCCAAUUUCACCAACGUCUGUUAGCGUUAACAGCUUGUUAAAAUGUCAUGUCUUCUCUUUCUAUCGCACGAAAAACAGAAGGGGUAACGUGAUACUAAUUCGAGCAUUAACUUUAAAAGUUAUUGGUGAAA